AUGUCGUUUGAGCGUCUCGCCCCAGAACUGGUGGACGACAUCCUUGCCCAUGCGAGCAAGUCGAUGCCCCCCAAGCGUGUCAAGGCCCUCAGGACCGUCUGUCACGCAUUUGAGGCUGCACUGGCACCCCGAUUCUUCGCGGCGCUGACUGUUGUGUUGGGGGGCAGCCAGCGGGACAUGCUCGAGGCGGUGGCACGUGGCCAGACAGGCUGGACAAAACAUACGAGAACGCUGAAAGUCGUAGUAAAGAGGAGCAAGGCCAAUAUGGUCCCGCUAGUAACCCGUGUUCUAAACGCGCUGCCAGAAAUCGGCACUGCAAGCCUUACAUUCAACACACUUUCCAUUCCACGCCCCGCGCUCUCCGUCAUCUUCACCCACCUCGCUCGCUCGCUAACCACCCUGCACAUAACCUUCAAAGACCUCGCUGACAAUGGCAUCAACUGGCACGCCUUCACUUGCGGGCCCGCCUGGCCGCGCCUCCCCUUGCUGCACACCCUCCGGCUCUCCUUCGACGACCCGCAGCAGUGGGAGUACGCAGGCAGCGACAUCUGUGACGCGCUCCUCCGGGCCGACUCAACACGUGACCUGACCACGCUGCACGUGUACGCGCCACACCCCGAUCCCGACGGCUUCCCUGGCCCACCUGUGCAGCUCUCCGCCGUCUACGACGCCCUCGGCACGCCGCGGCUAAAACACGUGACGCUACCGCCGGGCAUGCUCGAUGCAGUGUCGCUGCGCGACCUGACCCACCUCGCGGUGACCGGGAAGGGCGAGCUGGACCCCGCGGUGUGGACAGCGCUGGCCGAUGCCCGUGCACGGAUCACGGAGCUGCGUCUGCCGGUGAUCGGCACCGGACUUGGGGAGUAUCUGGAGACGUACAGCGGCCUGGAGGUGCUUGUGGUAGACCUGGAUUACUACGAGGAGACAGCAACACUUGACAUGCGAUUACUCACAGCGCUGACCAAUCACGCAGCGACGAUGCGGGUAUUGGCGGUCAGGGCCCAGUAUGGUGGGUGUUGGUCGUUUGGUCCACAGAUGGCAGGCGAAGUGAGCAAGUUGGUCAAUCUGAGGGUUCUGGUGGCAAGUGUGGACAUCGACCGUGUGCCCUGGGCGGAAGGUAUGGCGCCGGCUCAGGUCGUCGACAACGCUGUUGAACACUUUGCUACGACGAUGGCCCACCUCCCACACCUCAAUCACGCUGCACUGCUCCAGACACUCGGGCCCGGUCUUCACGGGGGACGCGACUCAGGCGCGAUCAUGUGCCACGAGCAGCACGCCCGCCGCGCGAUCGAAGACGCGUUUGACGCCCUUCCUUUGUCAGCAGCGGUGCCCGGCCGCGUCGGCCCGGUUGUGUUUGCUGCCCGUGCGCUUUAUCACCACACGCCUGUAGAUGGAGGGAUGGCGAAAUGGGAGGUAUUGCAGCAGAUUACACGGGGGAAGUUUGCGAAAGAGGCUGUUCCUGCAUUUGCGAGAAUUUAG